UUCCUUCAUCACCACACGACAACAACAACAAAAAACACCCUCCACCCGCGUGGAAGCCCAAAAUAGUGCUUUUUAGUUUCGCGGACGAGCGUUUUCCAUCGCUGGUUCAUUUGUCCUGCUUCCGGGGCUUUUCCCGCGUGCGUUUCAUUUAUUUAUUUAUUUUUGCUUUACGCUACCCUGUCGGCUCGUGCCGCAUCGAAGUACCGCGCGGGAGUUUUCGCAUCGCGUAUGUGUAUGUGUUGGAGUGGCCACCCCCUCGCCACCGUAGGUGCUUCUCCAUCCCGUCCCAAUUCCCUCGCGAGCUUUUCCCGGAAGCCUCGAAAUCCGUAAGAGAGAUAAAAAAAAAUAAAAGAAAAACCUCCCCAUCGUCGGGAAGUGCGACGAUCCUGUGCGAGUCCUGUGUGCGGGUGUGUGUGUGUGUGUUUGUGUGCAGGUGUGUGUUUUGUGCGCGCGCUUUCGUGUGGGGGUGUUCUAUUCUCGGGCAACGUCGAUAUCCUCGCGGAUAUAUCGUCCCAUCGCGCGACGCGUCCCCAGCUGAUUUGAUCGGCUGGCAUCACCGAGAGCAGCAGUAGCAGAAGCAGCAGCAACAGCAGCCGCGAGUUCCAGCUUCAAGUUGCUCGAGUCGCGGCGAUAACAACAAGGAAAAAAAAGCGUAACAGCCAGCACCGUACGCGCGCGUCGAGCGUGAAAUCAUAAAAAUGGAUAAACGUACGAGCAUGAAAAUUGGAUUACUCUGCGUGCUGCUUGGAGCAUGCUCGGCCGUAAAAAUCAUCAACCUAAAGGUCCCACCGACCUACCUGCUAGAUCAGACCUCCAAAACACCCGACCCGCUGAUACUUGACUGCGAGUACGAGGUGGACGAUAGCGAGAAAGGCUUCGUGCUGAAAUGGCUGCUCGAUGGUCAGCCCGUCUACCAGUGGAUUCCGUCAAAAAAUCCCUUCCCUUUCCAAUCCUUCAAAAACCGGAUCGACACAAGCUACGUCGUGUCGCAGGAGCAUCUGCACAAGCACCGAGCGAUGGCGAUCAUCAAACCGCUGGCCAACUUCACCGGCGAAUACAUGUGCAUCGUGCAGACGUACACCUCAAUCGACCGGAAGUCGGCCAAGCUGAAAAUCAUCGUGCGAGAAAGCAAGUUCGACCUGAGCUACUACCUGAACGGUGACGGGUACAUCACGGUUGAUUGCCACGCACGGGACAUUUCUCCGCUGCCCGAGCUGCAGAUUCGCAUCAAUUACGCGCUUUUCGAGACGGAAAACCUCAAGUCCGUCAAGGGUGACAACGGUCUGUACAACGUGUCCAUCAGCGGCAGGAUACGAAAGGAUCAGCUCGAGUCACCGGCCAUGAUCGAGUGUUUGCUCUCGAUACCGGAGACGAACUACAACAAGCGCCGCUCGACGACGUACUACGCGCGCAAAACUAAAUCUAACAAUAAACCGCUUCCAGAAUCGCAUCUCAAAACCACUACCACCACGGUAGCGACCACGACGACGGUCGAAAUGCUACAAGCGGCACCGGAAAACUUACAGAAGAAGGGAUUCAACGCGACCGAGUCGAACGGCGCUAGCAGUCUUCCGGUGCCAAUGCAAACGACCACAAGCGUGCUGGCGACCGUCGUGACGAUUUUACUCAUUUUCACCACGACGCUCUUGUAGAUGAACUUGAAGCAGUACACCGACGUCGAGAUCCGGAACCGCCGAUUGCACCUCAACUUCAUACACAGCUAAGCUGCGGCAUCGUCCUAGUGUGCAUGGUCCGGCGGGGUCAUGCCGUCAUUUCGGCACCAGCUUUGCGUGUUUCCUUUUCGCCUCUGUUGUUGUAGUUCGAAACAAAACAACCCCCGGGGGGAAAGACGUGUGCAAUUCGUCAUCGUGAUAGUCCAAACUCCAAAAAUUGCACAGCUAGUCCCGCGGCUAUAGGUAAGGCGUAUAGACUGUAGAGAUUAUAAUCGCACGUCGGAGCGCAUUUUGAGCGAAACCAGGAAAUGAUAACCGCGCCCUUAAUGCACGUGCAUUCCAUCUCGUUCCAUUUAUGUUCGAAAGCCAUUUAACGUCGCCCGGUUAGAUCGAAUGUCCCUCAAAUGCUUUCGAACUUGAUCACAACGAUCAGUGAGUCACUAUACCAGCGAGCAAAAUGCGCAUUUCAAACGAACGGAAGUUACCAACGAAAGCAGAAACUUCUAGCAACCACCCUUUUGGAUCGAAUAGCUUUACAUACUCUCAACGAGGGAACGGCAAGUUGCGAAGGACGACAGCGUCACCUACCAAAUUCACCUACCAAAAACCAAACCGCAAACUCACACACUCAUACAACAUAAUGACCCGCUUCGAUAGUCAUGUAAAACCAAAGUAGUUGAAUGUUUAUAGACUUUUGUAACGUACCCCUACCUAGAUUUCAUUUCGUGUCGUAAGAACGUCAGCAGUAUCACUUAGUAUCGCGCUUUUUUUGUCGGUAGCAGCGCAAAGCGAGAAAAUUGUCCUAGAUCUAAGAUUUGCUUUGAAGCGCGCGAGAAAAGCGAGGGAAAAACAAACGCUCGCGAGCAUCUCGUUAGCGUUCGACAGUCCUUUUUUUUCGUUUUGCCAUCCGGAACCGGCCUUCCCCGGGGUCACCUUCGUUUAACCUCCCGACGGUUCCGAAAUGAAGCACGUGCGUCCGGUUCAAGUGCGUCGGUGUAUGAAGUGCGUUGAAAUAUGAAAGCUGUAAAAAGUUCUUAUGCAUAUGAUCGAAUUGAUAUUUGACAAAAAAAAAAACACAAAGAAGAAGAAGAAAAAAACUCUAGAUAUUUAGCUACGAUAAAUCCGCGGUGAUCCACGCCAUGCGGUUCUGGGGGACUCGGGACGCGUCGGAAUCGAGACCAGGCGGGAUAGCGAGAACGAAAACCAAAACCAACUGCACUGUAUAGUUUAAUGGAAUUAACGAAACCCCAACCACGGCGGUGGUGGAGAAAGCAAAGAAAAAAAAAACAUAAAUGCAAACAAAGCAUGAACAGCUAUUUUAUACAACCAUUGUGAAUAGGAGACGGGGCAGGAGAGAACCACAUGUGAUUGUGUUUUUUCGCGAUCGCGAUCACGAUCGAGCGCAGUAGCAACCGGAGCGAAUGAAUGAGCGAUGCAUGAGUGUGCGAAUGACGUGCAUGAGAAAUUUGAUGCCUUAUGAACACUAAAAAAAAAUAAGAAAACAAGAAGAUAAAUAAAAAAAACAACCCGACGCCAGAACCGACGAAUGGGAA